UUGAGAAAUACGAACCCAAAUCUGAACUCCUCUCAUGUAGCUCUCUGAGAUUCUCUCUUCAUACCAUCGGAAAAAUUUGCCGCCAUGGGUUCACAGAACGACGGCGACGUUAGUUGCAGUCCUUCAUGGUGCCCCGACGCAAACUGGACGGUCGCCGGUGGCUGUUUGGAGAAUACAGUCGUCUAUGAAUCGUUCUACUCUCCGAUCGACGAGGAGGAGACGGUCGAAUUCGGCCCCAAGUCGCCUCUUGUUCUGUGCCGUCCCUCACCGGAGUCUGGUCCAUGCGAGAUUACUCUUCGUUUUGCGGAAAAGCACGAGAUCCGGCAGGUUUAUGUUAGAAGCACCGCUCGAGUCUAUGAGAUGUACUGCGGUACCUCUUCUCAAAAUGAAAAUGAAUAUUUGUGUACUGUCCGCUGUGGUGCUGCUUUGAGAGACGAAGAAGUGCUUCACACAAAUGGUAUUGAUGAUGACUCUGCACGUAUAAAUGGGUCUAAUGGAAUUGUGACUGAAGCCAAUACACAACGUGGCAGUAACUUGAACAUGAAUGAAGAUGACUGGGUUGAAGUUAAAGCUCCCGAUGGCCUAGCCCUCGAUCAUAAAAACAAUUCUUCUAUAAUCACGUCUGGUGGAGACUCAUUGAGGAUGAUUAAGCAGGACUUUUAUGAGGCUACAGCAGAAAUAACGGAUGCAAAUCCUUGCACAUCUCUUACAAUCCGUCUUCUGUCACUUCAGAAUAAAAGUAUUGUAUAUGUAGAUGAAAUCUAUGUGUUUGCCAAUCCCGUUGAUUUAGAGGAAGAGAGCCCAGUGAUGAACACAGCUCAAAGUUCUCAAAGUUCUUUGAUGUCCAUGCUUGUCCCAACCCUUCUGCAGUUAUCUAAAACUACUGAAAGUAGUAAGAGCAAUGGUAGCCGUAAUUCUAAUGAGGGAAUUCAUAUAUUAACCAAGAUUGGGUCAAAUGCUCUGGAUUCAACCGAUAGUGUAACUGGACUUGAGCAGGAAGGAAAAUCUUGUGUAACUGUUGAUGAUGAAGUGGAAUUUCAUGAAGAAAAAGAGUGUGACAGAUCUGUACGUCAGCCUGAGGUGCAUCUACAAGUUCCUGUUACAGAGAGAAUGCACAAUGAACCACUUCGUCGAAUUGAAAACGUUUUGGGUCAGCUUGUUUCUCGAAUGGACAGAAUAGAGAAUUGUUUUUUAAGGUUUGAAGAAAAUAUGCUAAAACCCAUUAACAGCAUUGAAGGGAGGCUUAAGCAGGUUGAGCAGCAACUUGAAGUUGUAACUAAGACGUCACAUGGUUCAGAAUGGCCAUCUUGCUACAGAAUGUCUGCUCCGAGCUUUUCUGCUAUCGAGUCAGCAUCUAACUCCUUCUAUAACAGUUGGAACGAUCAUCCCAGUUGCGGACCAGAUCAAAAGGAACUACGUUCAGGUACAUCACCCAUUGCACUUGAUGUAUCCAGCUCAGGGGGUUCGUCACUGAUGCGUCCAAGUCUUGUGGUAACUGCUCCUGAGUUUUCAAACGUUGAUGAUUAUGAUCAGGGGAAUGUUGUGAUUGCUGCUGCUGAGUUUUCGAAUGGAAAUGAUGACAGCCAAGAGAAUCUAACCCUGGAGGUUGUGGUGGAUUCUUCAAAGAGUAAACCAAAGCCAUCAAUCGAUGAUGUAUUAGCAUCUGCUCUCGCUCAGUUCGCGUUAUCAUCAUCUUCAAUCAGCAUUCCAGAACAUUCAAAAACUGUAACUGUUAGACCUCCAGACCUUUCAAAUGAAGAUGGAAACAAUCACAAGAAAUCUUUGUCAUGCGACCUGUCUGAAACCAGAAUAGAUCAUAUAAGCUGUUCCCAAGAAAUGGAUAACACACAAUGCACAGCAAAUUCUGCUUCACCCUCUCUGUCUUCUACCAAUUGCAGGAAUUCGAGCCCUUCCCGGCAUGAUUAUUCUUCCAAAAUUGCUGAUGGAGAUGACAAACCAGUUCUCAUGAGCCGGGAACGCAAGUAUGAGAGCGCCGAUGGUGGUCUCGGAGCUCCUUUAGAUGAACAAAGUGCUAAAGGAAUGGAGGAACUUGGAAAUGUGGAAGUUAUUGAUGAAACAAGUGAAGAUUAUCUUUCAGAGAAGAGAAUUCCCAUCCACACUCUUCAUCAUCAUCCCAAAAAUGACGCAGAUAGAACUAAUGCCAACGCGGAUACAAAAGGAAGCUGCGACAUAGACAUAGUACACGAUGUUCUCGGAUUUUCUCGUGACACAUCCAUUGUGAACUUCGAGAUUCCAAUCCUGGAUGUAAGCUUCACCUCCAUUGCAGAUUCAUAUUCCGACAAUGCCCUCAAAGACCUUCUGGGGGACAUGGCCGAAUCGAGUUAUAGAGCUUCUAAUCCAAAGGAACGUGACGAUGUUACUCCCAAUGGCGAGCAACGUGAUCUCAUUUUGGUUGAGGAAGAAGGUCAGGAGAACGCUAGCUCAACAAAUGGCCCCAUAUCGGUUGAUAUGAACUACUAUACCAUCAUGAGCGACCCUGUAAUUGGUGAUGGUGAAAAUCUGCGGGAUUACUGCAACAAUUCAGUCAUCUGGAGUCUUAUAUGAUUAAUUUCUGGUAUAUUUCUUAUAUGAUGUGUGUAUUUGUAAAUACAUCUUUUUUAGCCC